AUGACUGCGAAUUGCACAAGCUACUACAGCGCAGAAAAUGCUUUUGUGAAUGGCUUUUCUUGCCCUAAAGCGGGAGGCGAUGCGCACGCGGUAUUCUGCUGCGGAUUUAACGAUAUAAAGUAUUGCUGUGAUGAUCCCAACAGUUUUUUCCCCUACGAGUAUGCGUACAUGUGGUGGCUUAGGUAAGGAGUUUAUACGUAUCUUUGAUUUGAUGUUAUACCAAUUCAUCCGUUUUAUUUUGCCAAAUAGCUUUACCUUUAUCUUGGGGAAAUCUCAUUCACUGCACACACAGCACAAAUGCUACUAAGUAAAGAUAAUGCAGUGUUUGAUCACUGGACUUUUUAGUUUGUAUAAUGUUUGAUAUUGUGAUGACGCACACCUGUUAUAGGUUACAGUAGGCCACUGUAUAUUGAGGGAAUCUGAUGCAAGGUGAACAGUACCUAAAUUAAAUGUGAAAAUGAAAACAGAAAAAGUGUACAUUUCCCCCCCACAAUACUCAAUACUGUAUCCAGGGGCGGACUGGGACCAGAAAUCGGCCCUGGUAUUUCUAACAUACCGGCCCAUGUUUUUCCUCGAGGCCCCCAUUAAUAGCAAAAAUAAUGGCCCAAAUGGACCAGCCCAUCUGACAUUUGCCCGAAAUGCUGGAUGGCCAGUCCGCCCCUGACUUUAUCACCCCAAGAGAGUGCAACCUAUUAUCUGUCUUCCCCAUCACAUCUCUCUCUGCUCUCCCCUGCCUUUCCCUCUCUGUCUUCCACAUCACCUCUCUCUCUACCAUCCCCUGCCUUUCCCUCUCUGUCUUCCCCAUCACCUCUCUCUCCUCUCUCCCCUGCGUUUCCCUCUCUGUCUUCCCCAUCACAUCUCUCUCUGCUCUCCCCUGCCUUUCCCUCUCUGUCUUCCCCAUCACCUCUCUCUCUGCUCUCCCCUGCCUUUCCCUCUCUGUCUUCCCCAUCACCUCUCUCUCUGCUCUCCCCUGCCUUUCCCUCUCUGUCUUCCCCAUCACCUCUCUCUCUGCUCUCCCCUGCCUUUCCCUCUCUGUCUUCCCCAUCACCUCUCUCUCUGCUCUCCCCUGCUUUUCCCUCCAUGUCUUCCCCAUCACCUCUCCGCUCUCCCCUGCCUUUCCCUCUCUGUCUUCCCCAUCACCUCUCUCUCUCUGCUCUCCCUGGCCUUUCCCCUUUCUUUCUCUCGCUAAUUUUUCACAUUCUUCUCUCUCCCUCGCUCCCCCUCUCUUUCACCUUCUCUUGUCCAUCGCUCCCCCUCUCUUUCACCUUCUCUGUCCAUCGCUCUCUCCCGCACUUCCCCUAAUCUCUUUCUCUCCUAUCCCUAUCUGUCUCUGCCUCUUUUUCUCCAUCUCUCUCCUUCUCUCUCCUUCUCUCUCCUUCUCUCUACACUCUCUCUCCUUCUCUCUCCUUCUCUCCCCAUCUCUCUCCUUCUCUCUCCUUCUCUCUCCUUCUCUCUCCAUCUCCCUCCAUCUCUCUCCUUCUCUCUCCUUCUCUCUCCAUCUCUCUCCUUCUCUCUCCUUCUCUCUCCUCAUCUCUCUCCUUCUCUCUCCAUCUCUCUUCAUCUCUCUCCUUCUCUCUCCAUCUCUCUCCUCUCUCCUCCAUCUCCCUCCUUCUCUCCUCUCUCUCCUCCGAGCUCUCUCGCUCGCUCCUUCUCUCAGCGCGAGCCCUUCCGCCGAGCGCCCGCAAGGCGAUCGACCGCGCGCGCCUCCCCAAGGCGAUCCUGCUCUCUCAUCAGAUGGAAGCUUAGGUCUCUCUCAUCUCCUUCCGAGCUCGUCCCUUAUCGCUCUCUGCUGCCUCGAUUCUAGAUCUUCUCUCCUUCUCUCUCCUUCCUGAAUCUUGUUCCCUUUCUCUCUUCCUCGAUUCUCUCGCUGCCAAAAGCGCUCCUUCGAUUUUCUUCCCUGUCUCUCUCAUCUCUAUCUCUCUCCUCUUCCGCCUCUCUCCUUCUCUCUCCAUCUCUCUCCUUCUCUCUCCUUCUCUCUCCUUCUCUCUCCAUCUCUCUCCAUCUCUCUCCAUCCCCGUCCCUUUCCCCCUACACACCAUCCUCUUUCUCUGCCCCCUGUUCCUCCAUCUCUCAGUGUCGGGGCCCUGAUAGGUCUGUCCAUAGCAGCAGUGGUCCUCCUGGCUUUCCUCAUCACAGUCUGUGUCCUCUGCUACCUCUUCAUCGCCACCAAGCCCAGUCGCCUUGACAAUGGCCUGCCACUCCGAGCACCA